UCUUUAGCGUCGGACUGUUCGUCCAGUUCGCCCUGCACACAAAUCACACGCUGUUGCGAUUGGUCGUCAGUCAAAUCUACGCGAUCAUUCUCGUACAAAAUUGGGAUCUAAUUUGAUGCCUCGAUCAGCCUCACAGUCGCAUCUGACUGGUCAUUCAGCACGAGCAGGGCGUCAUCCACCUGGUCGACCGAAACUUCACCCAGGGCCUGUGAGCGGAGGUGGAACGCGUAAACAAGGUCGGAAUGCAAACAGAAGAACUCCUGUUUCCGACCACGGGCGUCCUGUACAGUUACCUGACGAGCUGAUCAAACCUCGACAGUGUUUCGGUCCGGGCUGUACUCGAGCAGCAGCCAGACCGGAUACUAAAUAUUGUUCAGACGAAUGUGGGCUAAAACUUGCUUUUCGUCGAAUCGAAAUCUUACUCCCGGAAAGUCUAGCUGCAAUGCAUCCCCCCUCGAAGGCUGAUAAAAUUGAAGAGGAGGACUCGGACAAUAAUCCACAUCUUGAAAGACCAUGCUUUGUGGCUGAACAAUUGGAUCGAGCUCGAUUGGACGAAAUUCAGAUUGAAAAAUGUGCCGUCCGUGAUCGUCUUAUUCAAUUGGAGACGGAACAUCAACAGUUGGAUGCGCUCAUUGCUCGUGCUCGGGACCACGCCUCACCGAGUAGCAAUCAAGUUACUGCAAAUGAUGAAUCCCCCACCAAAUUGUGA